AUGCGACCAAACGACGGCGAUGAACUCGCCCGAUCCCUCGCCCACUUCAUCGUCUCCGGCGCCGUGCACCGCCUCUCCUCCCUUCGCCACCUCGUCGGAAUCCUCUCUCUUUCGCCCAACCUCCCCUCCUCCCUCUCCCUCUCCCUUCCUCUCGCUCUCCACUACUUCCACCUUCUCCCCUCCUCCACCACCUUCCUCUUCAACCUCCUCAUACGCGCCUUCUCCCGGAGCCACCACCCCCACCUCUCCCUUUCCCUCUUCUCCUCCCUCCUCCGUUCCGCCGCCCUCCCCGACCGCUUCACCUUCCCCUCCCUCGCCGUCUCCCACGCCUCCCGCAACGCACCCCGAGAAGGCCACCAAUCCCACUCUCAUAUCAUAAAAAAUGGCUUUGAUUCCGAUCUCUACGUGAUCAACACUCUUAUCUUCAUGUACUCUGCUUUUCGUGACAUGAAAUCUUCUCGGAAAGUCUUCGACUUUGGGUUUCAGGUUGUCGAUGUUGUCUCUUGGAACAGUGUUAUUGAUGGGUAUGUGAAAUCUGGGGCCUUGGAUAAUGCCAGGAAGUUGUUUGAUGAAAUGCCUGUGAGAAAUGAGGUAUCUUGGAGUGCGAUUAUUUCUGGCUAUGUUGGUAAGGGGGAGUUGGAUGUUGCCAGGUUUUUGUUUGAUAGAAUGCCGAUGAUUGGAAGGAAUGUUGUGACAUGGAAUUCGAUGGUAUCGGGUUUUGCUCGGCAUGGGUUGGUAUCGUUGGCACGGGAGUUAUUCGAUCAAAUGCCGGUAAGAAAUGUUGUGUCUUGGAAUUCGAUGGUUUCUGGGUAUGCAAUGAAUGGGGAGAUGACAGCGGCAAGGGAGUUAUUUGAGGCAAUGCCGGAAAAGGAUUUGGUUUCGUGGAGCUGCAUGAUAUCGGGUUAUGUGCAUACAAAUCAACAUGCCGAGGCGUUAGAAUUGUUCAAGAGAAUGCAAACGGAGAGUGAUGCUAGGCCGAAUGAAGUAACCAUGGUCAGUGUGCUCUCAGCUUGUGCGCAUCUUUCGGCAUUGGAUCAAGGGAAGUGGAUACAUGCAUACAUUGACAAGAACCAUAUGAUAUUAGAGGAUGAUAAUAAUCUUGGAGCUGCCUUGAUUGAUAUGUAUGCCAAGUGCGGUAGUUUGGAAACGGGUGUUGAGCUUUUCCGAACUAUGGAUAGGAAGAAUGUGUCUUCAUGGAAUGCUCUGAUUGCAGGGAUGGCUAUCAAUGGUACCGCUGUUGAGUCUCUUGAUGCUUUUGAGAGAAUGCAGGAAUCAGGGGUCCGGCCGAAUGACAUAACAUUUUUGGGUGUGUUGACAGCUUGUACACAUGGAGGGUUAGUAGUUGAGGGCCGCCGAUAUUUUGAGAGCAUGUCAAAGGACUAUGGAAUAGAGCCGGAGAUGAAACAUUAUGGAUGUAUGAUUGAUCUUUUAGGCAGAGCAGGAUUGCUAGAAGAGGCGGAACGAAUCAUUAGAAGCAUGCCGAUGAAAGCAGAUGUGAUGGUACUGGGUGCUUUGCUUGGAGCUUGCAGGAUUCAUAAAAACAUUGAAGUUGCUGAUAGAAUACGGAAUGAAUUCCUCGAAUUGAAAUCCCGGCAAGCUGGCUGCCAUGUUUUACUGUCUAACAUCUAUGCUGCGGCGGGAAGGUGGAGCGAUGCGUCUCGCAUGAGAAGCUUAUUGAAAGAGAAAGGUAUUAAGAAGGAACCGGGGUCUAGUUCUGUUGAAUUGGAUGGAGUAGUGUAUGAGUUUGUUGCCGGAGAUCGGUCUCAUCCGGAGGCUGACUCGAUAUAUUCUUGGUUGGAUAAAAUGAGUGGGAAAUUGAGAGCCCACGGGUAUUCGCCGGCAACAGAGGACGUGUUACUUGACCUGGAUGAAGAAGACAAAGAGACAUGGCUAUCUUGCCACAGUGAGAAGCUGGCUUUGGCAUUUGCUUUGUCGAGAGCUGCUCCUCCAUCGACGAUAAGAAUCGUCAAGAAUCUAAGGAUUUGCAGGGACUGCCAUUCAUUUGUGACUCAUGUUUCCAGAUUAUUUUCUCAUGAAAUUCUUGUUCGAGAUCGAAUUCGUUUCCACCAGUUUCAAAAAUGGCUCUUGUUCUUGCAAUGAUUACUGGUAACUCUGUGCUCUGGAUAUGUACCAUCUUCACAGUACAUGAUUCGUAAGUCUUGUUUAUUCCCUCACAAUGAUGAGGUUGUAACAAACACAUGUUGAUGUACACAAUUUGCAUCAAUACAUGAUAUACAGCUGAUUUCAAGAUUA